AUGAUUGACGAGAAUUCAUCUGGUCGUUGGCUGGUCGAUCCCCCGCUAGCAUCCAAUGAACCAAACAAUUCGUCCUCGCGCUGGACGAACAGGUCAAAGGAAUUCAACUUUGUUAACAGUCCAGUUCAGCCUGUGGAUAAUCAGUAUAUUUUGACGCAAUUGGAAAUACUGCAUUAUAAUCAUCUUGGUCAAACACCAGAUGAUCUUUACGCGUUGGGAUCGUUUGUUAGUCCGCGCUUCACUCAAACACACACGGACAUAGUCAGUACAACAGUGAAUUGCCUUGAGAGAUUCUCUGACUUGGGUUCAAUUUUACAGCCACCUUCCCCUAUCAGCAGUGUUGAAGAGCUAACAAAUCAAGAUAGUUCGGAUGACUCAGGCACCUCAGUCUCUGUCUCAACUGCAUUUUAUCCUGAUGCAUACAAUGAGGGCUCUGAUACCAUAUUUUCCACAGAUGAUUCAGUUCUCUUCUACGUGAAUUUGAAGAUUAUAAUGAAUGCAACCGCUCAUCCUUUCAGAUCACUUCUUGGUGCCCCAUUGUCUGAUCCCCGCUUUCGCAAUCACGUUAUAUCCCUUUCAGGAUCGUCGGACAUACUUAAUAUAAUCCUACAUAUGCUCUAUGGCACUCCGUCAGCCCAAUAUUCACCAACAUUCGAAACCCUGGUUAUAGCUGUUGACCAGAUGCCGGCAUAUGACAUUCAGCCACAUGUGCACAUCAUCCCUCCAACGUGGCUCUACAACCUACUGGUCUCUUUGGACGACCUCGCAGUAAAUGCAUCCUCUCACCUACUCUCCUAUUCAAUAUCCACCCUUUCGGAUGAGCUUGCAGAGCGCAUGGGGGCUGUGUACCUGAAACGACUCCUUCUGUUGCAUCUUGAGUGUUUCAACACACUGAAAAAAAUCCUGCUUCGGCCUCUGAACCCACACCCACCGACCAAGGACUGUGAUUUUCAUGACCAAAAAAGACUCUCACAAGUGUGGGCAUUGGCUAUAGCGUACGUCGCAUUUGAUGCAAAACCUGGUCUGUGA